AUAUAAAAAAUUUAAAAUGCAGAGGAUUUUAGCGCAAGAAAGAAACGAUAUACUGCUUAAAGUGAGAUGCGAUUCUGAAACUAAAUAUUGGCGAGUCUACGAUCAAUUUAUACCUAAAUAUAAAACUCCGUUAUUGGCAUCAAAGGUUUUUAGCAAACAUGAAGCCGGCGCAUUUGACGCGGACCCCAAAAUGCUUGCCAAGGUAAAAUUAGCCAUUGAAGCACCGCCAAAGAUGAAAAUUCCGUGGCCAGAAACUGUAAGCCAAUGCUAUGGAUGGUUUAUUGAGCCUCUAACUGAUAGAGAUAAGAGAGAUCCGUUCAUGUAUUUCCCUAGAGGUUCAACGGAAGUAUCAAGACUUGGAGGUAGAGUUAUAGCAGAGAAAAAACGGAAAUGAUCAAUAAUCAUAAUUUGUAAUAAGAAUAAAUCGCACCAUCAUUCAUAAUUUAUUAAAAAAAAGGAAUAACAAGUAUACUGAA